ACUGCAGUCUGAAAGUGGGUGCGGGGAGGGGUGGCUUAAUGGUGCUGAAGGCUUUCAAUGACAGUUUGGUGCUCCUUAGAUUUCUCCUCCCCAGCAGCAUCCUCGGGGGCAAAUAUUUGGGCCACCUGAAGAGCCUCCUGAGCGCCCCUUGCUCUGGCAGCGAGGUAGGAGCUGCAGAAUUUCUCUGAAGCUUAGGAGCAGCUUCAGCACGCCCCAAAAGCUUGGCUUCCCCGCCCAGGACCCUCGCAGUAGCGGUGUCCCAUACCUGUGUCCUUGCGUCCUCAUCAGUGCCUGCACGUGCUGGCUGCUGGCUGGGGCAGCGCAUCCGAUAACCAAGCCCUGCUCUCCGAACGCGGUUGCAAGUGAACGUGUUGGUCACCGCAGCAUUUGACCCAGGCAGAAGGUUUAACUUUCAGCUGACUGGCAGCUGCUGUAUCACUGCGAUCAGAUUGCUUAAGGUAUCUUGAACCUGUUGGCUGUGCCGCACUCGACUUCUGGUUUUCUAUACGUAUAAUUUUAACGUGGGAUCUAAAUUUUUGCUAAACAGAAUAACACACAAAGUGUAUAGUAAAGCUCCCUAGCUAUUGAGACUGAGUGUCUCUAAAAGUCCUAUCUGGAGGGAUGUUUCUCUCCUUGUCUCUUCUGUAGUUGCUGUGGAAGGAUUGUUUGAUAGAGCUCACACAUUUAUGUUACUUUGACAGAAAUUUGACAAAGUGCAGAAGAUAACUGGGAUGUUUUAACCUAGGGCUGCAGCACCGGCUGUUGUAGAACAGAACGAUUCCCUCUAGCACUCACAAGAAGCCGUGGACAUCUUCCUGAAGCUGUACUUGACAGUCACUUUUACAGUGGUGCAGAGUUACUUUCAGUAGUGCCAAGUAUUGUCUUGGCAAGAAAAGGUGUACUGGAAAAUGGAUGGUUAAUGGAUCAAGCAUGACAAGUAAAAAGGUUUUUGGAGUCCCUUACGUUUUUCAGGGUGUUUUGUUCAGCCAGCUAAAAGUCUUUUGCUUACAGACUCAAACUUUUCUAAUCAGCAGUUUAAAUCUAGGGACUUUGUGUGGGAAGUAAAAAUAUAAUUUAUUACAUUGUUUGCCUUCAGUUUUGAACCAUUUAAAUGUUUAUAGAAGUAAGAUUAAAGGGAAGCACUGCCUUAUACAGCCCUCUAGUGUUGAUGCACUUAAUAAACGUGAGAUAAUUUCUUUUUAAUGCAAACAGAAAAUUUCUCUACUCUUAUACCUGUGGAUUGAAAUAUGUUUUUGAAUACUUAAUAUGUAACCGAAAUGUUUGCAACUUGCUAAGCCCUGUAAUGAGUCUUGCAUUGCCCUGUAUCUAUACAGGUGUCUACAAAUUGAAGAAUCGACUCAAAUAGAAAUUGCAUUUUGUUCCUACUGACCUUGGCCAAGUAGAAUGGAAAAGCUCUGUCGUUUGAGGUUAUUUGUAUAUUUUAAUAGUGAAUUCCUCUAUAUUUUGGCUUUGUUUUAUAAACUGUUACUUUUAGGUAAUGUCUUUAAUUUUGACCUUUUUCCUCUCAGUUCCUGUUACGUUAAUAUCAGCCAAAUUUAAGCAGAGAUGGAAACAGGAUGGACUGCACAUAUUAGAAACUCUGAUUUUAACCAACAGGUGUGUAUAAAAUCUGCAUGGUCUCAUUAACUCCGCUACCCGAGUCCAGAAUCCGAUCUGAAUACGAACAGAGAUGCUUUGCUUUUUGAGGCAGUCAGCAUGGCAAGCUCCAAGUUCUGUGGAAGUUCUGAGCUUAGAGAUGCUUUUGUAAACCUUGCCAAAGUUUCAGGGGAGGAGAGUGAAGGUAUAAAAUUUUCAUUAUGCUUUUAUCUUUCAUGGCAGGACAAUGGGGCGCUAGGGAAGUAGCUUUGUUGCUGAACAGGUCAUUUCCCCUUUCGAUCCGCUCCCACCCUGAUCCUGCCUAGUUCGUUUCUGGCAGGAAAAAUAGUGUAUUGAUACGAUUACCCUGGGAAAUAAGAGUGCAUGAAGGUAGUUCUGUGCCAUUAACACCUUCGCUGGUAGAACUGUGACUUGUGAUCUUCUGUAGCAAUGACAACAAAUUGUCACGACUGCCUAAGUUUUAGAUCAACAUUUACUUACCUUUGGAUUGAAGUAGCCGAAAGACAGAGGAUGUCUGCUUUGGAAAGCUGAGGAGAGGGAGGGAAAGCUUUAGGGGUGUUUCACAGGUUAGAGAUGAGUAGCACUGGUUGGUUGUCCUUGUGACUUUUAUCCCCGCUAUAGGAACAGAACUGCAAAGAGGGGAGCUGGAGGUAAACAGCUUUGAUUGCUGAGACUGAUGCUGCAUCUAAGCUCUGGGCAAGGGUUUGUUGCAGCUAAUAUUUACACAGGGUUUUGCACAAGGCCUUGAGCAUCUCGCUGGUGUGCUGGUACCUCAUCACCGAAGAGAAGAAAACAAUCUCCCACUGCUCAACCUUUUGGAAAAUGUCUAAUUAUUUUCUGCUUAGGAAAACUUGCCCAAGCCUACCUGUGUGUGUCUGGGAGAGGAAGUGUCUUCAGGGUUGCAAGGCACGUUUAACACCUGUUCUCUGCAGACCUGGCUGCUUGAAAAAUAUAAAAAUUGAAUUUUCUGAAAGUCACGUUUUGCUUUAGGAAAUACGGGGCUGUUCUUGUGGGUGUUGUCAGUCUGAGUGUUUAAAUCAAACCAAGAGUCCUGAAGAGGAGAAAGUCUGUCUUUAUGUAUUUGAAGGGAUGGACUUCAGAAUAAACACACCAUGCUUUUUAAAGAAAUCACCAUUUGUGCUUUUCUGCUGUGUGCUCUCUGGUGACUGGAAGUAUUUCCGAGCCAGGCUGAUGACCAACUGACCCAAGUCAAUUUUUACUGAGGUUUCUGAAGCAUUGCACAAGAGGUUUGAAGCAAAAAGUCUGGGGGCAUGUGACACUUAAUCUCUUUAGCAGUAAGAAUAAAGUUUAAGUAUCCUGUUGGAAAUGUACGCAGUUCUGUGCUGUUCUUUGUUUUAAUUAACGAGCUUUUCUCCUGCAUAGAUUGGGAGCGUAAACUUCUUUGCACUUUAGUCCAAUUAAAUCAUUCUUGGAGGCUGUCAGUGGUGGGGCAGCUCUCCCCCGCCUCUUUUUUUUAAUUGUUCAGUGAGUCUGUUGGAUAAGGAAAGGAUUUGCCUGACAGGGCUUUGUAGCGUUUCCUCGUCUUGAUGAGCACUUGCAGAGGACAGACGACAAGUCUCUUUUGUCCAAAAUGCAUUGGAAUGAUUCAUCCGGUUCCUCACAAAGUGACAAUGAAGCUCAUUCAGCCUUUACACAGACUGAGCACAACAUAGUUGCAGCUUACUUAAUAACAGCAGGAGUGAUAAGCAUUUUCAGUAACAUUGUUGUGCUAGGGAUCUUUGUUAAGUACAAAGAACUUCGGACAGCAACCAAUGCAAUUAUUAUCAACUUGGCUUUUACUGACAUUGGCGUCAGUGGCAUUGGCUACCCCAUGUCAGCUGCCUCAGACCUUCAUGGAAGCUGGAAAUUUGGACAUACUGGAUGCCAGAUCUAUGCUGCCUUAAAUAUCUUUUUUGGGAUGGCGAGUAUUGGUUUGCUCACUGUUGUUGCAGUUGACCGUUACCUGACAAUCUGCAGGCCUGAUAUAGGAAGAAGAAUGACUACCCGUACCUAUGCUACCCUGAUCCUUGCUGCUUGGAUAAAUGCCGUCUUUUGGGCUUCCAUGCCCACUGUAGGCUGGGCUGGCUAUGCUCCAGAUCCAACUGGAGCAACAUGCACAGUCAAUUGGAGGAAAAAUGAUGCGUCCUUUGUUUCCUACACAAUGAGUGUAAUUGCUGUUAAUUUUGUUGUACCCUUAACAGUCAUGUUUUACUGUUAUUACAAUGUUUCCCGGAAAAUGAAAAAAUACACCAGUACUAACUGCCUGGAGAGCAUCAACACGGAUUGGUCUGACCAAGUAGAUGUAACAAAGAUGUCUGUUGUGAUGAUUGUAAUGUUUUUGGUGGCAUGGUCUCCCUAUUCCAUUGUGUGUUUAUGGUCUUCUUUUGGAGACCCAAAGAAAAUUUCUCCUGCAAUGGCCAUCAUAGCUCCUCUAUUUGCAAAAUCUUCCACGUUCUACAAUCCAUGCAUUUAUGUCAUUGCAAACAAAAAGUUUCGGAGGGCAAUCCUGGCAAUGGUGCGGUGUCAAACAAGACAAGAGAUAACUAUAAACAAUGCUUUGCCCAUGAGUGUAUCACAAAGUGCACUGACAUCGUAAAACUCAUUUCAUUUGUCUGAAUAGAUUAUGUGGAAUUGAGUCAAAUCUGGGUUAUAAUUAAUAUUCUGGAACAUCCAUUUGCGUCUUUCAUCCAUUGGUUUUCUGUUAAUCAAAUUAUAAAGUGUUUUUUAGAUAGGUUAAAAUUAAUAAUAAUUAAAAAGAACAAAACAAAGCACUAAGACUUUAGUUAUCAAGAAUUAGGCUUAUUGGCCUGAUAUUUCUGUCCCAAACAAAAAAGGAAGGUAAGCAAGGUGUUCAGUGUGACUCUUAGAGGGUUGGACAAGGUGACAUUGGGCAGAGAGAAACUGAAGCAGGAAGUGUUUAGAUUCAGUAGCGUAGAUUUUGCACCUCUAAUUCCUCUUGUAAAUGACUUUCAGCUUCCCUUGAAAAUUUCCAGAUUUGAAUUGUUGUGGAUUCUCCAUACUUGUAUUUAUUUCUAUAUCAAGUAUCUGUAUUGACAAGCCUUGCAAAGUUUUGUUUCUGUGAACAUGUUAAGUUUAUCAGAAUAUCUAGCUAAACCUGAUGUCAGCUUUCAGGAUUUUGAAAGAGUUUAAUGACAUUUCAUGUAUUUUUGAAGUUUUAUCUCAGAGAAUCAAAUCAAUUUGUGGGAAUUGAAAACAGAAAAUGAAUUUGUAGUGCUUGUGACUGCAUAGCAAAUCCUGAAAAUGAGACAGAAUGCUCUCUUAAGCUUGACACUCAGAUGGCACAUAAAACUGAAUAAAUCUGUAUGGUGAUUUCUAAAAUUUCUAAGUCAAUCUCAUGAUUGUAUAAGUCUGUUGUAUAUUUUUCAAAAAAAUAACUUGCACAGUGAGAGCAAUGAAUUUAUUCAGGAUGACUGUGUAUAGAGUUAUUUAUGGAUGGGUAUUACAUGCAUUCUUGAUGAUUCUCAGGUUUUGAGAAUAAAUAUCUUCUCAAUGGCCAAUCCGAAGUCUGUGAUCCUUCAGACAAGUCUCAGCCACUCUGACUUUAUGCAGCUAGAAUUAGUUUCCCAGGUUCUUGUUCUUCUAAGAGCUAUAGUGUCUGUCUAAUGAAGUGCCACGUUAAGUGAUACAGUCAUUUUGGAAAACUAAAUAUUCAAUUAAUUAAUUUGUAUCAAAUAUAGAAAAACAAAAUCCAAUGACAUUAUUUUUUUUGAGGCCUCCAAAAAUGGUGGGAAAAUGAAAUUUUUUAGAAAGUGUAUUUUAAACCUGACCACAUGAGAUUUAACUUCACAGGACUUUUGAGUACAAUUUGCACUAACAGGUGAUUCAUUUUUAUCUCUUUAUUUUGAUAUUAUUAUAUAUGCAUACACUUAAGUGUGGCUUUGAAGUGUGUAACCAUUAUUUAAAAUAUAUGUGUGUUGUUGUGAAAACCCAUCUCUACAAGAUCUUUAGGAAGUUCUACAAUCUAAGCUUCCUUUUAAUUUGUACGUUUUAGUAUUAAAAUAAAUGUCAUGCGAUA